AUGGAAUUUUUGAGUAGAGGUUAUAAGGGCUUAUUAGGUGAAAAAGGCCAACCACAGUCAGUAGAUGACACAAUUGUAAAACUUGUCGAUAGAGCAAAUAACUCAACUUUGUUAGAAGAUCGAAGGGCUGCUAUUUUGGGUUUAAAGGGUCUUUCAAGAGAAUAUAGAAAAGAAGUUGGCGAAAAAAGUCUUUAUGCUUUAUUGAAAAUUUUAAAUGAAGAUAGAGCUGAUAUAGAUACAUCAAAAGCAAUUCUUGAGAUACUUAAAAUAUUAUAUAUUAGUGUGAGGUUCAUUGAUGAGAUUAUCAAGGAUUCAUCUAAUAUUAUGUUAUUCUUGGAAAUUUUACAAGAAUAUGAUUUCUACGUUAGGUUUAACAAUGUUCAAUUAUUAAGAACUUUGCUAGCAAUUAGAUCUGAUAAUCUACAAGAUUAUAUAUUAGGCGCACCAAUGGGGAUUUCACGUUUAAUGGAUUUAUUGGAUGAUAAAAGAGAGAUUAUUAGAAAUGAGGGAUUACUUUUGUUGACAUCACUCACUGAAAAUAAUGCUGAAAUUCAAAAAAUUGUUGCAUUUGAAAAUGCAUUUGAAAGGCUUAUAGAGAUUAUUGUGGAAGAGGAUGGAUUAAAUGGCGGAAUAAUAGUUCAGGACUGUAUGCAAUUGAUCAUAAACUUAUUAAGAUACAAUGUGUCAAAUCAGAACUUUUUUAGAGAGACAAGUUGUAUACAACGAAUUACUUCGUUUUUGAAUUUUGACAAUCAGUAUCACAAUAGUUCAAAACCAACUGAAAUUGAUUAUCUGAUUCAAGACUGGAACGAGCAAAAAAUUAUAAAUACCAUUGUAUUACUGGAAUUAAUGAGAAUGUUGGUAGUGCCAAAUAAUAUGAAUACUUUAACUAAUCAGAAAGUUAUGAUACAAUGUGGUGUAUUUAAACCAGUGAUUGAAUUAGCAUUAUCAUCAAAUGCUCCGUCUGCAGUUAAAACUCAUUCUCUUUAUACUUUAGCAGAUCUUGUGCACGGAAAUCAAAUAAGUCAAGAAUUAUUAUCAAAAUCUGUUAUCAUUACAAAAAUACCAGCUUUACCUUCCCUUUCGACAUCAUCUUUAUCAACAUUGUCGUCUUCAACCAUCACCACUCAGAACACUGCUACUGGAAACAGUAAUUCAUUUGAUCAUCAAUCUUAUUCUUAUGGCGACGAUGGCAGUAGAUCCUCAUUCAACGAUCCUUUACCCAAUCUUCCACCUCGUCCUGCUGUUUUAGCUCUAAUUUCUGUGGCUGUUGGUGCUGAAUAUGUUGAAAGUUAUCAAACUCGUGCUGCUGCUACUUAUGCUUUCGAGGCAUAUACUUAUAACAAUAUUAGUGCUCAAUUGGUACUGGCAUCAACUUUAACUCCGCCGCCUGAUGACAAUCCUAAUUCAGAAAUAAUUUCAGUAAAACCACAAUCUGCUGGUUCACUUCUACUUUCAGCUCUUUUAGAAUGGGAGGAUUCUGAGGCAGAUCCGUAUGUUGUUUGGUUUGCGUCAGUUAUCCUAUCACAUAUUCUUAAAGAUAACGAACGAGCUAAAGAAAUUGCUCAUGGUGGUAGCAAUGAGAAACAUGUAACACUAUUAAAUUCCAUUGCAAAAAAUUUAAUGAUGGCAACUAGACAAAACGCAGAUGUAAGAGUGUUGAUCGGAUAUCUUUGUUUAUUGUGUGUUUGGUUGUGGGAUAGUCCACAAUGUGUAAAACAAUUCUUAUCGGACUCUGCCCAUCUACAAACUCUUAUAACACCUAUAACACAAUCUUCUAGUGUUGAUGCCAGAGUACAAGGUUUAUGCGCAUUUUUGUUAGGAAUAUGUUAUCACUUUAAUCAUAUUUCCGAUUCUCUAAUUUCAAGAUCGACACUACAGCCAAUAUUACAUAACCGUAUUGGAGUUGAUCAAUUUAUUAACCGUAUUACAAGAUUAAGAGAAUCACCGCAUUUUAAGCACGCUUCACAGUACUUGCAGGUUUUUUUGGAAGAAGAAUCGAUUCAAAGAUCUGUAAAAUCUGAUCCUAAUGCACCUCAAUAUUCAUCAAAUAACAAAGAUUUACAAAAUGAUCUGGAUUCAGCAUCAAUGUUUUCCAGUUUAAAAGAAGUAAUUAAAGCUCAAGAACAAGAAAUUACUCAAUUAAAAAAUUUAAUAAAACAAUUUGAAGAAAAACUGGAAAUUCAGACAAAAUCAAAUGAGGAGGUUUCGUUGUUGAAAACACAAAUUGAUUUAUUGAAAAGUGAAAAAGAAAAGGAAAAGGAAAAACAUCAAAAACUUUCGAAAGAGCAAGAUGAUUUAUUGGUAUGUUUGGCUGAUCAAGACGCUACUAUAAAGAAAUAUAAAACUAGAUUGAUCAAAGAAUUUUCCAUAAUCAGGGCCAAUUAG